GACUGGCGACCCACCUCCUCGGCCCCGCCCCGUGGCUCCACCUUGGCCAAUCAGCGAGCGCCCGCGCAGACCUGCCUGUGAAGAGGUUCUGCGCAAGAUGGCUGCUGCGUGUCGCAGCGUGAAGGGCCUGGUUGCCGUGAUAACCGGAGGAGCCUCGGGUCUAGGCCUAGCCACCGCGGAGCGACUGGUGGGGCAGGGGGCCUCUGCUGUACUUUUGGACCUGCCCGACUCGGAUGGGGCUGCCCAAGCCAAGAAGUUAGGGAAAAGCUGCGCCUUCGCCCCAGGCGAUGUGACCUCAGAGAAGGACGUGCAAGCAGCCCUGACUCUAGCAAAAGAAAAGUUUGGCUGUGUGGAUGUCGCAGUCAACUGUGCAGGCAUUGCAGUGGCCAUCAAGACAUACAACUUAAAGAGGAGCCAGGCCCAUACCUUGGAGGACUUCCAGCGAGUUCUCAAUGUGAAUCUCGUAGGUACCUUCAAUGUGAUCCGCCUGGUGGCUGGAGAAAUGGGCCAGAAUGAACCAGACCAGGGAGGCCAACGUGGAGUCAUCAUCAACACUGCUAGUGUGGCUGCCUUUGAGGGCCAGGUUGGACAAGCUGCAUACUCUGCCUCCAAGGCGGGCAUAGUGGGUAUGACACUGCCCAUUGCUCGGGAUCUGGCUCCCAUAGGAAUUCGGGUGAUGACCAUUGCUCCAGGUGUAGUUGAUUUGAUUCCUGUGUUUUCCAUCUGGUGAGGUCCACAUGUAUAGUAGCCGUUCAUGUUGUUGAAAAAAGUAAUCAGCAUAUGAUCAACAACUGAUAGUACUGAAGGAAGAAGUCCAAGCUGCACUGAAGGCACUGGUGAAAAACAAGGCUCCAAGAAUUGACAGGAUACCAAUUGAGAUGUUUCAACAAAGGGAUGCAGUGCUGCAGGUGCUCACUUGUCUAUGCCAAGAAAUUUAGAAGACAGCUACCUGGCCAACUGACUGGAAGAGAUCCAUAUUUGUGCCCAUUCCAAAGAAAGGUGAUCCAACAGAAGGUGGAAAUUAUCAAACAAUAUCAUUGUUAUGGAUUGAAUUCUGUCCCCUAAAAAUGUCUGUCAACUUGGCUAGGUCAUGAUUCCCAGUAUUGCAUGAUUGUUUACCAUUUUGUCAUCUGAUGUGAUUUCCCUAUGUGUUAUAAAUCCUAUCACUAUGAUGUAAUAAGAUGGAUUAGCGGCAGUUAUAUUGAUGAGAUCUACAAGAUUAGACAAUGUCUUAAGCCAAUCUCUUUUGAGAUAUAAAAGAGAGAAGCAAAACUUUCAUUUAAAGCACAAUAAAAAUUAAAAAAAAGAGAAGUAAGCAGUGAGACAUGGGGACCUCAUACCACGAAGAAAGCAGUGCCAGAAGCAGAGCAUGUUCUCUGGACCUGAGGUUCCUGUGCUAAGAUGCUCCCAGACCAAGGGAAGAUUGAUGAAAAGGAAGUUCCUCCAGAGCAGAGAGAGAGAAAGCCUUCCCCUGGAGCUGACGUCCUGAAUUUGGACUUGUAGCCUACUAGACUGUGAGAAUAAAUUUCUCUUUGUUAAAACCAUCUACUUGUGGUAUUUCUGUUACAGCAGCACUAGAAGACCAAGACAAUCAUUAAUAUCACAUAUAAGUAAAAUUUUGCUGAACAUAAAAAAACAGUUGUAGCAGUACAUCAGCAAGGAACUGCCAGAAAUCCAAGUUGGAUUCAAGAGAGGAUGUGGAACGAGGGAUAUCAGAUGAAUCCUGGCUGACAGCAGAGAAUGCCAGAAAGAUGUUUACCUGAGGCAGUCGUUCAAUCAGAACAAGGGGAUACUGCAUGAUUUAAAGUCAGGAAAGGUGUACGUCAGGGUUGUAUCCUUUCACCAUACUUAUUCAAUCUGUAUGCUGAGCAAAUAAUCCAAGAAGCUGGACUAUAUGAAGAAUGGGGCAACAGGAUUGAAGGAAGACUUAUUAACAACCUGAGAUAUGCAGAUGACACAACCUUGCUUGCUGUAAGCGAAGAGGACUUGAAGCACUUACCGAUGAAGAUCAAAGACUACAGCCUUCAGUAUGGAUUACACAUCAACAUAAAGAAAACAAAAAUCAUCACAACUGGACCUUUAAGCAACAUCAUGAUGGGUGGAGAAAAUAUUGAAGUUAUCAAGGACUUCAUCUUACUUGGGUCCACAAUCAAUGCCCAUGGAAACAGCAGUCAAGAAAUCAAACAACAUAUUACAUUGGGCAAAUCUGCAAAAUACUUUUUAAAGUGUUGAAAAGCAAAGAUGUCACUUUGAGGACUAAGGUAUACCUACCUGACCCAAGCCAUGAUAUUGUCAGUCACCUCAUAGGCGUGGAAAAGCUGGACAAUGAAUAAGAAAUACCGGAGAAUUGAUGCCUUUGAGUUAUGGUGCUGGCAAAGAAUACUGAAUAUACCAUGGACUUCCAGAACGAACAAGUCUGUCUUAGAAGAAGCACAGCCAGAGUGCUCCUUGGAAGCAAGGAUGGCAAGACUUCAUCUCACAUACUUUGAACAUGUUAUCAGGAGGGACCAGUCCCUGGAGAACGACAUCACGCUUGGUAACAUAGAGGGUCAGCAAAAAAGAGGAAGACCUUGACAAGAUGGAUUGACACAGUGGUUGCAACAAUGGGCUCAAUGUGCAGGACCGGGCAGUGUUUUAUUCUGUUGCACAUAGGGUUUCUGUGAGUCAGAACCAACUUGAUGGCACCUAACAACAACAAUCAUUUCUUAAUUUAAGUGCGGCAAAUAUCUUCUCCAAACGUGAGGCUUGUCUUUUCACUUUAUUAUUUUACAAUGAUUUUUAUGGUAUCAAUUGAUACAUACAAAGAUAUGGUUAACACACAUGCAAGUUAUGAAGCACAACAAUAAAAUGAACACCUGUGAACCCUCCAUAGCACCCAGAGAAUAGAACA